AAGUCAUAUUCACCUUUAGAGAGGAAACUUCAUUCAGAACACCCUUGCCUACCAUGCAGGAACUAUGUGUGUUGAAAUCACUUAAUUACACCAUAGAGAGGUUCGUCAUGAUUUACUAGUAUUUAAUGACAGUUUAAAAUGGAAGAUAUACAACAAUUUGAACACUGUAGGUUAUCUUCAAUAUAUUUCAAACGGAAAUUCGUUCUGACUUGGUGUCCCUGUUGGAGCUGGAAAUACUGCCGAGUGGGACCUAUAUUUUGUGUUUUGGGAUGUAUUCUCUUAAUAUAUUUCCUCAUCAUGGAUAUUUUAGUUUACAAUUCCUUACAGUCUAUUACGCUAAUGGAGCCACCAAACACUUCCGGUUACUCGCCUCUGCGCCCUCUAUCGGUGAAGCUGUUGAUGAUGGACCAUAUGUCCCAUUAUAUAGAUAAUCCUAUAGCCGAGUUUGUUGUUAGUGUUUUCGAACCCACCGGAGUCUAUCAUGUAAUUACACCAAACGUCAUCAGCAUAACUGGAUUAGUCCUCGGCUUCGUAUCCGGAAAACUGGUAUCAAUGGAUUCUCUCAACUAUAGACGAAUUGGCGUCAUCAUUUUCCAGUACCGGAUGUGGUUAGAUGUUCUAGAUGGCGUUGUGUUUCGUCACACUUCCGGUAAUCCUGUUUAUAAAUCUCAUAGGACAUCUUUAGGGUUUUUCAUUGACAUUGAUUGUGAUAUUCUUAGCGGAGUUGCCCUUGCGUUUGGCUGUCUGUUCUAUUUAUGGAAGAAUCCCCCAAAUGUUGCGUCACGUGAUCUGCUUCCGCAGACAAAACCUUUUCUGAGAGGACGCGAAUAUGAGGAGGAUUUUCAAGUGAAGUCAUUUGGGGCCAAGGCGACUAAAAACUACAUAUUUCUCAAAGCGUUGACGUUUGGGGUGAUCAUUUUAACAGCCAGUGCGACGUGGGAUAAUGUUGUUCAGGCGUUCGUGGACCUCUUGCAGACACCCUCAGCAACGUCUGUUCAGACGGAGAAACAAACCGAGGCAUUGCAUUCUAUAGUAACUUUCUUCAGUAUGUAUCUAUGGCGGUUUGGCAGUUCUCAAGCACUUCUAACCAUGAUACAAAUCGCUGUGUUUGCUGAUAAAAUAUGGGAAUUCCUGAUGUUCAUCCCAUAUGCUGGGUUUAUUGGGAUAGCGAUGCUGAAUUGUAUAAGCUAUAUUCAGAUAUACCAUUUACGAUAUGACUUAGAAAUAUCCCCGUCCUGAACUACUGGAAGAAGAGAACUUUGCGAACAAAUGUGCGAUUCGUCUUUCAGUUAAUAAUAAGAUUGACUUUUGCAUAAAUAUUGUUAUGCCAACUUGAAUCAAUCAGUCUUUUUGGCUCAGCUUGCAGCACACGGGGGGCUUACUGUGGGAGGAAACCGUUGAGCCACGGCGUUCGGACUAUUCCUGUCUGAUCGGGGAAUCGAACCCCGGUCGCAUAUGUGAAAAGCGAGUGCGUUUCGACUGUCCCACCUUACAACCCAUUCGUCUUUCAGUUUGUCGUUUAUAUAAUAUAUAUAAUAUGAAUAUGCUUGUAAAUAGGCAUUAUUGUGACAUGUAGAUACACUUCCCUUGUUUCACUACAACGUUUAUUAAACAAGAUUUGUUAUCUGAUAUCUACGUAUCUUAUAUCUAGGUACAUUGUAUUUUCAUUUAUUAUCGUUAUGGGUUUAAAGAAAUACUCAAUACUCACAUAAUAGCGAAACCGUAAUUCUAACUCAAAAUCGAUAAAACAUGGCAAAAUAUGAACAAAAAAUAUAGAUUUGCAUUGAAACCCUUGAAAAAGUGCGAGUAAAAUAACUUUUGAAUCUU